AUGUCCUUCCAUCUGCUCAGACCCUCUAAGGCUCUGUCAGAGUUUACAGCCAGGGCUAUGCAUUUGCUGCUGGCGAUGAGGCAGGCUUACACUAGUAAUAGUGGGGGUUUCCAGAGCUUCCUGCGCAGGGAAGAUGCACGCUGCACUCGUGCUCUCUGGGACAGGUCACCCACAGAUGCCAUGGAGGUGUCAUUCGAUAACUUCAAGUUGAAGUCUGUCAGAGGCAUUGUGACCCAUCUCUGUCCCGACUAUGGCUGGAUUAAUGAAACCAUCUUCUUUAAUCCUGACAUGGUGUGUGGAAAUGUUCCAGUGACUGUUGGCAUGAGCGUCAUUGCUCUUGUCGAAGAGGAUGAAACAACUCAUGCAGUGAAAACCAUCAAAGUAAAAGUCAUGUCUGAUCCUAUCUAUGGUAUUGAACCAUCAGAAUUUGACAAAAGACUUUGCAUUAAGUGUGUGACUUACACAACAAAGAACAGCAUCUUCAUAAGCAAGGAAACAUGUUUCCCCAUGGAACUACUUUCUGGAGGAUUUUUGCCCUUUAAAGGGGACUUGUUGCUGGUUGAGUAUUCCUUGAAGCCAGGCACUUCGAACAUCACUAUUCACACUGUGAGCAUGCUAAACUCCCAGAAUAUGGAUGAGGUCUGUGUGACCAGCAUUGAUGGAAGAACUGGUGUGGUAGACGACAUCAUCUUUUUCACCUUGGACUCUCUCCAGAAGCCUAAUGACUAUACUCCAGGGCUGUACGACAUUGUGAACGUAGUAGCUGUGGACAGUAUUCAACCUAACUGUUCUUGGAGAGCAGUAUCAAUGGUCCCAGUGGAAAUGUGCAUUGACCAGGCCUCAUAUUUUCCUUCUACUCCACCUUGUCAGGUUGAAGACCAUCUUGUUAGGGAUCAGUCUAGGAGAAUUCAGUGUUCAUGGUCAAAUGGGGUAGCAGAAUUAGGACUGUUCCAUCUCACACUAAGUGAAGCUUAG